CAUACCUGUCGCCUCUGGUCGCCGAUAACCCAGCAGUCUGCGAGCGGUUCGUAUUUUACCAAGGCUCGAUGAUCGUGUUCGGCACUGCAAUUGCAUCGGUGAUGAUGCUCAAAAGGAUUACAGCGCUAUGUGCGUCUCAUAGAGUUGUCGGUUACGUCAUGAGUUCUGUCCUUGCCACUUGGUUUGGGCUUGCGGUAUGGUCCGUAGUUCAGUCAGCGUCGGUUCCUCAUUCCCACGUCGUGCACGUUUGUCAAGGGAUGAUUCAUCCAACCAACGUCAAGAACGGCCCAUUGCUGCGUUCGUCGAGUUUUUGGAUGAUAAUAGUCUACGACACGCUCGUGUUUAUACUCAUGCUCACACGUGCACUCCCUCUUGGCGCUUCGGGGAGUCGACAUUCUAUUGCGCGAAGGCUAGUAACUAACGGGACAUUGUACUAUGCGACGAUCUGUUUUAGUAACAAUAUGGAAGUCAUUACAGUACUUCGCGCCGACGCUGGACUCAAGGGCCUCAUCUCCGAGUUCAUCUACUUGUUGCAGAUCAUAAUGAUGUCCCGCAUCACACUGAGCUUACUGAAGAACCACAGAAAGCUCAAGGGCAGAGCCGCUUAUCGUGAAUCGCGAUGGGAGGAUGCACCAACAAUACUAACUCCGAUUGUGAUGUCUGCAUACCCUACGGAACUUCGGCGCACACAGGAUGACCUUGAGAGGCAUCCACCCCGCCAACACGUCCGUUCAUGACGUCGAUGAGUUCGAACUAAGCACAAUUUCAGAUCCUUGACAUACUAUCUUCUUCGGGUUUACGACACUCAAUCUAGACCGGGAUUCAUACAUGUAACAGAUCA